AUGUCGCUUAUCGAAACGUACUGCCGACAAGACCAGGAAGAUAUUAGCAGGCUUUUGCGUCAAGGAAAAUGUGACCGAUGCAACACAUCCUGGAAGCUGGAACUACGAGAAAUCGAACAAACGGAUAUUUGCCUGCUUUUGACCAUCUGGAAGGACUUAGGGCCGGGUUUGGACCCUGAGGAUGACCGCUGGAGAGCCCAGCAGGAAUGGACAUGUCAGAGGACAUUGAAAGCCAGUGAGAUGGUGGAUCCGCGCAUGCGAUUCGAGAUGCAAUCGAAUGAGCCAGGAUCUAGUUCGUCCCAAGCUUUGUCAGAGGAGAACAUGUUUCUUCGGAACGUGUCUCUUUUGAGAGACCGGCGUUAUCGAACUGUCAUGACACGAUGGGGUCCGGGGUGGUGGUAUCUUCAAGGGAAAGAAGACGAGGUCAAGCAUUCCCAUUGUAUUGUCAUUUAA